AUGUGUGUGUUAUUGGACAUCCAGCAGCACUUUGGAGUCAAAGACAGCGGGGCUGGUUUGUUACAGACAGUUUUCAUCUGCAGUUUCAUGGUGGCGGCGCCGAUCUUUGGUUACCUCGGUGACCGUUUCAACAGGAAGAUCAUCCUCAGCUGUGGGAUCUUCUUUUGGUCAGCUGUCACUUUUUCGAGCUCCUUCAUCACUGAACAGUAUUUCUGGCUCCUGGUGCUCUCCCGGGGUCUGGUUGGCAUCGGAGAGGCGAGUUACUCCACCAUUGCCCCAACCAUCAUCGGAGACCUGUUCACCAAAAACACGAGGACCCUCAUGCUCUCUGUCUUCUACUUUGCAAUUCCUCUGGGCAGUGGCUUGGGAUACAUCACUGGGUCCAGCGUGAAGCAGGUUGCUGGAGACUGGCACUGGGCCUUGAGGGUAUCUCCACUCCUGGGAAUGAUAACAGGGACACUCAUCUUGAUAUUUGUUCCUGCUGCUAAAAGAGGAAAUGCUGAACAACUUGGGGGGCAGCUGAAGGCUCGGACCUCGUGGCUGAGAGACAUGAAAGCACUGAUUAGAAACCGCAGCUACGUGUUCUCCUCCCUGGCCACCUCAGCUGUCUCCUUUGCCACGGGGGCACUUGGCAUGUGGAUCCCUCUGUACCUGCACAGGGCACAGGUGGUGCAGAAGACAGCAGAGACCUGCAGCUCCCAGCCCUGCGGCACCAAAGAUAGCUUGAUCUUCGGGGCCAUCACGUGCUUCACUGGCUUCCUGGGUGUCAUCACGGGGGCGGGAGCGACCAAGUGGUGCCGGCUGAAGACGCAGCGGGCGGACCCGCUGGUGUGUGCCGUGGGCAUGCUGGGCUCUGCCAUCUUCAUCUGCCUCAUCUUCGUGGCUGCCAAGAGCAGCAUCGUGGGAGCCUAUAUUUGCAUUUUUAUCGGAGAAACUCUUCUGUUUUCAAACUGGGCUAUCACAGCAGACAUUCUGAUGUACGUGGUGAUCCCAACUCGCCGGGCGACCGCAGUGGCCUUGCAGAGCUUCACUUCACACCUCCUGGGAGAUGCUGGCAGUCCUUAUCUCAUCGGAUUUAUCUCAGACCUGAUACGACAAAGCACAAAGGAGUCCCCGGUGUGGGAGUUCCUCAGUCUGGGCUACGCCCUCAUGCUCUGCCCCUUCGUCGUCGUCCUGGGAGGGAUGUUCUUCCUGGCCACAGCCCUGUUCUUCCUCAGUGACCGAGCCAAAGCUGAACAACAGGUGAACCAACUUGUGAUGCCACCAGCCUCUGUGAAAGUCUGAGACGGUGCCACCGAAGGAAAGGACACGUGGACUCUGCUCCCACCACACCAAUCUCAAGCUCGAAGCCCUUCCGUGCUGGAUCCCAGUGGAUCCUCCAGCCCCACACCACCCCGAGGGGCUCUCCAGCACCAAAUCCAUCCCCCCCACUCCAGCCUGCGGGGUCAGGCACCAGGAGAUGGAGCAGGGCAGGCGGGGACACGGGACCUGCUGCAGCACAAGGACAUCUGUUCCUCUGGGCAUCAGCAACCGGCCCCCGGACCCAAAACGUGCUGCCCACGUGAGUGACUGUAGAUUGUGUACAUGGUUCUGGUUGUAGCCAAUGAAGUCCACAUGGUUUGUAGGACUGGUGUCCUAUGGAAUGCUGCUGCUCUGCCAGCACUCCCACACCCACCGACUGCACUAGCUGGGGACCCGUUCUGUACAUCACCUUUGCUUUGACACUGAAGGCUCAACUCAGAUUAUUAUUUUUUAUUUAAAUAUGUCAUAAGAUGCUUUAUCUCUGCUGAAGACAUUAGAUGAGAGAUAUAUAUAUAUAUAUUUAGAUAGACAGUUUUUAUUUAAACGUUUAAAACCUGGAGCUGCCUGUGCAACCACAGCAGACAUGAGUAACGUCCACAGCUCUCCUUGGCUCAGUGCCCUGCAAGAGUUCCAGUGGGUGACCUCCCUGUCACCUGAGGCUGAGCAAUGGGCAGAGGAGAGAGAGUCUCACUGCACUGGGAAUGCUGGUGGUUGUCACAGAAAGGCCCAGUACGUUGGACAGAAAUCCCUAUGGGCUCUGGAGUUUUCAAAUUCAGCCUCGCCUGGGAGGUUCACAGGCUUUUAAAAUACCAAAAUCCACCUGGCUGAAUGGCUGAACCUCGGGCCUGGGAGUGCAAUACUGCUGUGCCAGUGACCUCGUGCUUUGUUUACAUGCUGCCAUAUCACACGGACUGUCGAUGCUAAUUCUCCCUGUCAGUGUUCCAAAGCAGUGGCUGAUACUCUGUUUCCUGGGAGCAGCGUUUGGGCUCCUGCACACCCAACCCUGCCCUGUCCAAGUGCUCUCCCUGGGGUGUCACCUGUACCUUCACAAAGGUGCGUCUGAGACCUUUCAGACAAGGCCAGUGUCUGAACUGGGCGAGUCUCAAGUGCAGGGACGUGUCACGGGGCCACUUCACUGGGGUUUUGUUUCCUUGCUCCCUGCACUUGGCCUCCACGAGCCAAAGUGAUGCUGUGCCAGGGGGGUGCUGCAGCAGU